UUUUCGAACGUCAGCCAAUUUGACAUUCGAAAUUAUAUAAUUUGUGCUCUUGGAGGAUUUUCACGGUGAAUUUUCUCACUUUUCCCCCUGAAUUCGAGUGAAAAUCGCAACAUCCAGCCAUCAUGUCUGACAAAGUGUCCCGACCGAUGAAAUUUCCCUACACAUACUCCGCAAAAAUCGCCCAAUUUCCCUACAAAUUCUACUUCACCAAGCAAUGGAUCUGGAAGUAUUAUGCCGUCGCCGUGGUGUGCUCCCUUCCCAUCUUCUACAAGAUCAGCCGAUUGGCGAACUCCCCUGAGAACAAGGCGAAGUGGGCGGAGAUGAAGAGGAAGGAACUCGCUGAACACCACUAAGAAGAGUUUCCGGAAACAUAGCAUAAUCGCUUCUGUAGUCUCAUGGGAUGAUGAAUAAAAGUCAUGCUCGUCAUGCUGCACUAUUGAAAA